GUUCCCAGGUGCUGCUGAUGCACUCUCGUCCCUGACGGCCGCCUGUCACAUCCUCACCAGCGGGCGGAAGCGGAGGUCAGCGCAGUUGUCAGGACCGGGCAUAAACACUCGCUGUGUUGGACAGAGACCCCCCCAGCCGCGUGGACGCCAACAUGUCCGCCCAGGAGGCCCCGCCCAAGGAGAGCAUGCAGCUGAAGAAGGAGAUCUCGCUGCUGAACGGCGUCAGCCUCAUCGUGGGCAACAUGAUCGGCUCGGGCAUCUUCGUGUCGCCCAAGGGCGUGCUCAUCUACAGCGCCUCCUACGGGCUGUCGCUGGUCAUCUGGGCCAUCGGCGGCGUCUUCUCGGUGGUGGGCGCCCUCUGCUACGCCGAGCUGGGCACCACCGUCACCAAGUCGGGCGCGUCGUACGCGUACAUCCUGGAGUCCUUCGGCGGCUUCAUCGCCUUCAUCCGCCUGUGGACGUCGUUGCUGAUCAUCGAGCCCACCAGCCAGGCCGUCAUCGCCAUCACCUUCGCCAACUACCUGGUGCAGCCGCUCUUCCCCACCUGCGAGCCGCCCUACGCCGCCUCCAGGCUCAUCGCCGCCGCCUGCAUCUGCCUGCUCACCUUCAUCAACUCGGCGUACGUGAAGUGGGGCACGCGCGUGCAGGACGUCUUCACCUACGCCAAGGUGGCCGCCCUCAUCGUCAUCAUCAUCACUGGCGCCGUCAAGCUGUGCCAAGGUAACACCGCCAACUUCGACUCCUCCUUCCAGGGCUCGUCCACAGACGCGGGGAACAUCGCCCUGGCGCUCUACUCGGCGCUCUUCUCCUACUCGGGCUGGGACACGCUCAACUUUGUCACCGAGGAGAUCAAAAACCCAGAAAGGAACCUUCCGCUGGCCAUCGCCAUCUCCAUGCCCAUCGUCACCGUCAUCUACAUCCUGACCAACGUGGCGUACUACGCCGUGCUGGACAUGAGCGCCAUACUGGCCAGCGACGCCGUGGCCGUGACCUUCGCCGACCACACGCUGGGCGUGAUGAGUUGGACCAUCCCCAUCGCCGUGGCGCUGUCCUGCUACGGCGGCCUCAACGCCUCCAUCAUCGCCGCAUCCAGGUUGUUCUUCGUGGGUUCCCGCGAGGGACACCUCCCCGACGCCUUGUCCAUGAUCCACAUGCGGAGGUUCACGCCCGUUCCUGCUCUCAUCUUCAACUGCGUCAUGGCGCUGAUCUACUUGGCCGUGGAGGACGUCUUCCAGCUCAUCAACUACUACAGCUUCAGCUACUGGUUCUUCAUGGGCUUGUCCAUCGCGGGACAGAUCUACCUCCGCUGGAAGCAGCCCGACCGCCUGCGACCACUCAAACUGAGUCUCUUCUACCCGGUGGUGUUCUGCAUGUGCGCCGUGUUCCUGGUGGCCGUGCCACUCUACAGCGACACCCUCAACUCCCUAAUCGGCAUCGCCAUCGCCCUGUCGGGCGUGCCCGUCUACUUCCUGGGCGUCUACCUGCCCGAGUCCAAGCGCCCGCCCGUCAUCACCAAGCUGCUGCGCUCUCUGACCCACGUGACUCAGUUCACGUGUUUCUGCGUCCUCACGGAGAUGGACAAGAGUGAGUAGCGUCCCGCCCGGGUAAUAAAAACAUGACUAUUCUUAUUAUUUCACUCCACACGCCUGAUUAGUGCAGCCGCUGGUCCUGCACUCUUCUUCUUCUUCUUCUUCUUCUUUCCCUGUGGAGUCAAGCGGGAAGUGGAACUUUCCUGCACACUUUAAUUACCUCCGAAGACCAACGAGUUGCCUUGUACAAAACAAAAACAAAACUCCUUGUGUGCUUUUCUACUUUACAGUAUUGCAAUAUUCACCAAAUAUGUUGACGUUUUAAAAGCAUGUAAAUCAAUUGCAGGCACAAUGUAUUCAGAGUGAUUAUUCCUUACAAUAUUUAUUAUUACACGGCAAUGUAUUAAAGAUCCACUGUCUUAUUGUUCAUGGACUAAUCGCUUCAUUUGU